GUCGCCCUCACUGAUUGUGGAGUGGUUCCGGGGUUGAUGAAAAACACAAUCAUUGUAUUCCAUUUUUUUCCUCCUUUAUUUUCACAUAUUUAUCACACUAACCACGUAGAGGGGAGUCUGAGGGUUUCUGCGGACGUCUGUAGAGAUGAACUUCUUCUUUAGAGGACCGACAGUCGGGACGCAGCCGUCCGGAGCGGAGACGAUCCAGAAACUGUGUGACCGGGUCGCCUCAUCAACUCUCCUAGAAGACCGCAGAGAUGCUGUCCGAGCUCUUAAGUCCCUCUCCAAGAAAUAUCGUAUGGAAGUUGGCACACAGGCGAUGGAUCACUUGAUUAACAUACUACAAACUGACAGGUCUGACUCCGAAAUCCUCGGCUAUGCUUUGGACACGCUUUACAAUAUCAUCUGCAACGAUGAGGAGGAAGAACAAGAUGAGAACACCCAGAAGCAGGCAGAUGACCUCGGCGCCCAGUUCACAGACACAUUCAUCCAGGACCCCGAACACGUGACCCUGCUCCUCACUCUGUUGGAGGAGUUUGACUUCCAUGUUCGUUGGCCCGGGGUGAAGCUGUUGACAGCUCUACUUAAGAACCAAGGAGUUCAGUUGCAGGGCAUUAUUCUGGUCAGCCCCAUGGGUGUUUCCAGAUUGAUGGACCUGUUGGCAGAUUCUCGAGAAGUAAUUCGCAAUGAUGGCCUCUUGUUGCUUCAACAGCUGACUAAAAGCAACGCUGCCAUACAGAAAAUAGUUGCUUUUGAAAACGCAUUUGAGCGUCUUCUAGAUAUCAUCACAGAGGAGGGCAGCAGUGAUGGAGGUAUCGUGGUGGAGGACUGUUUGCUGCUGUUGCUCAACCUGCUAAAGAAUAACAGCUCCAACCAGAACUUCUUCAAGGAGGGCUCCUACAUCCAGAGAAUGAAGCCCUGGUUCGAGGUUGGUGAUGAUAACUCCGGGUGGUCCGCACAAAAAGUGACCAACCUCCACCUAAUGCUGCAGCUGGUGCGAGUCAUGGUGUCUCCUGUGAACUCUCCGGGAGCUACAGCCAGCUGUCAGAAGUCCAUGUACCAGUGUGGCCUGCUGCAGCAGCUGUGCACCAUCCUUAUGGCCACUGGUGUGCCUGCUGACAUCCUCACUGAGACUAUCAACACUGUAUCAGAGGUCAUCAGGGGCUCACAGGUCAACCAGGACUACUUUGCUUCAGUCAACGCGCCUUCAAACCCGCCAAGACCAGCGAUCGUAGUCUUGCUCAUGUCCAUGGUCAAUGAGAGACAACCGUUUGUGCUUCGCUGUGCUGUCCUCUACUGCUUCCAGUGUUUUCUCUACAAAAACCAGAAAGGACAGGGGGAGAUAGUGGCUACACUGCUGCCCUCCACCAUUGAUGCCAACUCCAUCUCAGCGGGCCAGCUGCUGUGCGGAGGCCUUUUCUCAGCAGACUCGCUGUCCAACUGGUGCGCCGCUGUGGCCUUGGCUCACGCCCUGCAAGACAACCUCACCCAGAAGGAGCAACUGUUGAGGGUUCAGCUCGCCACCAGCCUGGGAAAGCCCCCCGUCUCCUUGCUACAGCAGUGCACCAACAUCCUCUCCCAGGGCAGCAAAGUGCAGACCAGGGUGGGCCUCCUCAUGCUGCUGUGUACGUGGAUCAACAACUGUCCCAUAGCCGUCACUCACUUUCUACACAAUCAGGAAAAUGUUCCCUUUCUGACAGCGCAGAUCUCAGAAAACCUGGGAGAGGAUGAAAGGCUGGUGCAGGGCCUGUGUGCGCUGCUUCUUGGCAUCUGUAUUUAUUACAAUGACAACUCACUGGAGAACUACACCAAAGAGAAGCUAAAACAGCUGAUUGAGAAGCGGAUUGGAAAAGAGAACUUUGUAGAGAAGCUCGGCUUCAUCACAAAGCAUGAGCUGUACUCGCGGGCAGCUCAGAAGCCGCAGCCCGUCUUCCCGUCUCCGGAGCAGAUGCUGUUUGACCACGAGUUCACCAAACUGGUGAAAGAACUGGAGGGUGUGAUAACCAAAGCAGUUCACAAGUCCAGUGAAGAGGAGAAGAAGGAAGAGGAGGUGAAGAAGACACUGGAGCAACAUGACAACAUUGUAACUCAGUACAAAGAACUGAUCAGAGAACAGGAUGCUCAGAUCCAGGAGCUGAAAGAGCAGGUAUCAUCGAUGUCAUCUCAGACUGAACAGAUGCAGACUACAAUCACUCAGCAGGUGUCCCAGAUCCAGCAGCACAAAGACCAGUACAACAUCCUCAAGCUGAAGUUAGGUAAGGAGAACCAGACUCAGUCUAACAGUCAGGGAGACGGCUCGCAGGUGAACGGGCUGCAGACAGAAGAGCUGACGCAGCUCCGAGAAGAGGUGGAGGAGCUCCGCAAGCAACACACGCUGCUUCAGACACAACUCGGUGACAAAGACGCACUCAUCAACACCCUGAGGUCGGAGGCAGCACAGACAGCAGAGGGAACAGCAGAAGGAUCAGACAACACAGAACUACUCAAGGAGCUGGAGGCUCUGAAGAGUCAGGUCCAGUCCCAGUCAGCAGAGAUCAGUCAGCUGAAGACUGAGAGAGAAGACUUGCUCAGGAGAGCUGAAGCAGGGUCUUCAGAUGCAGUUCCCAGUAAUGACGGCUCAUUAGAUGCCGCCAAGAUGGCAGACCUGGAGAGCAGACUCGCAGCACAGACGUCUGAGACAGAAAGACUGAAGGAGGAGGCAAGCAGCCUGUCGAAGAGCCGGGCAGACCUGGAGCAGCAGCUGGCGUCAGCCACCAGCUCGGUGGCCAUCCUGCAGAACGAGAAAACAAAGCUGCAAACGGAGGUUCAGGAGUCUAAGAAGGAGCAGGAUGACCUGCUGAUGCUGCUGGCAGACCAGGACCAGAAGAUCCACAGCCUCAAGCAGAGACUCAAAGACCUGGGAGAGACGGUGGAAGAUGAAGACGACCUCGACGCAAGGGACCAGACGGACGAUGACGAGGAAGACGAUGAGGAAGACGAGGACUAGAAAACACUGAAGAAAGGAAACAGGAGAGAGAAAGAGAGAGAGAUGGAAAUGUCUCUGACAGCAGGCAAGAAAAGACUUUGCAGAAACACAGACGAGAAACUGAAAAAUAGGACUAAUAUUUGAAGCGGUUUCUCUUCCCAGCUGCCACGCUAUCUUCAUUUUUUCCCUUCACGCCACGUGUUCACAUCACAUGUUAAUGUUUGUUGUUUUUUUCCGGACUUUUUCACUUGUCCUACAUCCGUUUCUUCUUUCAGCUUUCAGUGAGAAAAGUUAUCAGUGCGUUCAUCUCUGCAACUUUUACCUUCAGUUUGGGAUGGAUUUUACCAGUCUUGUGUUUAUUGUAAUGUAUUGUCAUAUAGUUUAUAAUUCAAAAAAAGACGCUACUGUAGGUUAAUUUUAACUCGCAAAGUCACCUUGAAAAUUUAGAGCGGAGGAUUUAAAAUGUAGCACCUAAAAAAAUGCACCUAUAGAGAUAUUCGAUAUUACUCUCAUGUUAUCGUAAACAUGCUGGUGAGCCCGUCAGGCCUGGCUUUGUUUAUCCUGCUCUAUUAAUGCGCUCGAGUCCUCUCACGCUUAGAAUCACCCGUGUCACUGUGCCAUCACCCUGCACUCUGAAUUCAUCCGCCUCCUCCUCCUCCCAGUCUGUUCAAGUUCAGUGUACUACAGUAUUUCAACACUCAGAGUUGUUCCAUUUCACUUCGACAACACCUAACUGCUCUGCGAUAUGCUGCAAAACAGACAGAAAACAUGUAAAGACAAAAAGGAUAUUUUUGCAACUUUUUGUCCAGUACUGGCAUCCAGCUUCUGUAUGAUAUUGUGUAACUUAUCAAUUUAUGAGCCACAUUGAAAUGAAUAAAGAAUCUAUCGGUCUGUAUGCCUGUAUGGAGGAAUAAUUGUAGAUAAAUUAAAUUUUACUAAAUCAAUGUCGAGACAUUUUUUUUGUUUUUGUUUGUUUAGGAUUUUUUAAUGUCUGAAUGUCGAGCUGAAUAACUUCACUGCAGCCUAAAUAAAUAUGAUGCCCACAUUUAAGCACUUUUUUUGGACACAUUUAUAGGCAGGUUUUCUGCAAAACACUUUUCUCGGUCACUCAACAAAAUAAACUAAACCUUGCAAAUUCAAAAGUUUUAUUUUUUAAUAUUGUGUCAACA